GGUGACGUAACAUGGAUGACGUUUGUUGGGCUUCCCCGUCGAGCUGACAGACGCGUUAGCAGUAGCACAGAGCAGGAGAGCACAAGAGGUCUCCUAAACAUGGCUUUAAAUCGUAAUCACUCUCAGAACGGCGGGGUUUUGAUAAACAACGGAGAAAGUAUUUUAAGGGAAUGUAAGAAUGUGGAGCUGUCAUUCAGUGAUGUCACCUGCAAGACAGACCUCCUAAGAGGGACCAAGAAGGGCAAUGUGUACCUCACACCAUACAGGUUGGUGUUUGUGUCCAGUAAUACCAAGGAUUGCCUGGGCUCAGCCAUGUUUCCCUAUUAUCUGAUGAAAGGCUGCAGCAUUGAACAGCCUGUCUUUGCAGCCAACUACAUUAAAGGGACAGUGUCAGCUGAACCUGGUGGUGGCUGGGAGGGUCAGGCCCAUUUCAAGAUGUCAUUCCCCAGUGGAGGAGCCAUAGAGCUGGGACAGCAUCUCUUCAAACUAGCCACAAAUGCAUCUCGUGCUCAUCCUGCCCAAAAUGGAGCCACCUCAUAUGGCUACCCCUCACCUGGAAUGAUGAACGGCUAUGGCCCACCUCCACCAGCUCCUCCUGCAUAUCCUUACCCACCGCCUCCUCAGCAGAAUGGAUUCUACCAGGGUCCUCCUACUCCUGGAAACAUGGCUUAUCCGUAUCCAGCAGCUGCUCCAGGGAUGUACCCAUCUGGUUUCGACUACAUGGCCCCACCUCCCCCGUACCCUGGGCCACCCCAAAAUUGGGCUUCACCUCCCCAGAACUGGGCAGCAACAGCACCACCACCACCUCCAGGUAACUCCAAGGCGGCUGAAGCAGCUGGCAGUGCGUAUUACAAUCCCAGCAAUCCGCACAGUGUCUACAUGCCCAUGGAACGACCUCCACCAUAUGCACCAAACUCUCCUGACAAGAAAAACAUCUGAGGCACUUCAAUGACACUCCUCUCCCUUCCUCUCUAUCUGAAGUAUAUUCUAUACCAACCAGUAAUUUUGAUGGAUACGUCCUUAAAUAUAGAACACAGACAAGAAAUCACAUGAGGACUCAAUUUUGGACAAUAUAUUAAAUUCUUUGAAUAAUGUUUUUUGCUUUUACAUAAAGGUCAUUUAAAAUAAUUAAUUUGCAACUGUAUUUUUCUGGGACUCAUGCUUAUUAAUAUUCACACUGAAGGGAUUUAGUUUAUUUGUAGCAGGGCACCUAAAAUGUCUCUGUUAAAAGCUGAAAGGAAGGAUGCCGGAUAGAGAAUGUAUUUUAUAACACAGAGAUUUAUUACUGAAACAUUUUGUGGGAGAUUAUUGAUUGCGGUUCCUGUAGUUAGUAUAAACAAUAACAACUCCUAUUAUCAGCAGUAAUGUAUUUUUGCAGUAUCAAGUGCCGUGUGAUUUUCUUCUUAUACAUAUUUGGGGUGAGGAUUUAUUUUCCAUAUACAAUACUGUGUUGACUAGUGUUUGGUAAUACAGUAAUUUCCUUUACAGUGACUGAUUCACAAACUAGUGCAGUAAAACUGAUUACAAAUUUUUCUUUUUAGCUCAGACCAAUAUAAUUUCUGUACUAUUCAUCAGUUACUGUUAAUUAAUAAUUCCAUUCAUUGUAAAACCCAAAGUUCACAGUAUUCAGCCCAUUUUAACAGAUAUGUCAGGGCAUUUACUGUCAAAAGGAGGAGUGUAGUGUUGAAAGAGGGAAAAAGAUAGAUUUCUUACAUAAUGAGUCUACGUACGUGCAAUAUUUUAACCUCAUUUAACAAGGUUGUAGGUGGCGCGCCAAGGUGACCCGAGUGGCUCCACUCCUAGCUUCUAUUGUAUUCAUGUAUGCAAAGCCGAGCUGAAACCAGAACUCCACUCUUUGUGUAAUUACUCCAGUGUGGGGUUACAAGGCCACAGUGUUGAUAUUAAGGCUCCUUCAGUGUUUUGCCGUCUCUUCAAACUUCAGAACCCUGACCAUUUAUUCCUAAUUAAAGCGGGGUGAGGCACCAGUGGGCCGUGUAAUUACACCCCCUCCUCAAUGUGCAUCAGUUUGCACCUGUUGGAAGAACUAAUUGCACACAGUCACAGUGGGUAGAUGGUUGUUAGAUUUGGGUUUUAGUUUGCUUGAAUUAAUGAAAUGUCUUUAUAAUAAUAUCUCUUUUGCAUUUCUUAUUCCUUCUUCAAUUAAACUCUAAUAAAUAUGUCAUUUAAUGAA